UUCCAGCACAAAGUGCCGAUGCUUCAUGGGCGGACCGAAAUGGAAGGUUCGACUGGGCCGCCGCAGCAACGUCCCCGGGCCCCCUCCGGUCUAUCUGACCUCAUCUCUUUCCUUCGCUGCCGAGGGGCUCAGCGCACGCGACAUGACCGCCCUCUCCGGUGCCCACACCAUCGGGCAAGCGCAGUGCGGCACCUUCCGCUCCCACAUCUACGACGACGCCAACGUCAACUCAACCUUCGCUGGCCUGCGUAAACGGAACUGCCCGCCCACAGGCGGCGACAGCAACCUGGCGCCGCUCGACCUUGACCCGCCGAACGUGUUCGACGACGGGUGCUACCGGGACCUGGUGGCCAAGAAGGGACUGCUCUACUCGGAACAGGAGCUGUUCGACGGUGGCUCUCAGGACUCGCUGGUGAGGCGAUACAGCGUCGACAGUGCGGCGUCGGCAAGAGCUUUUGCGGCGGCUAUGGUGAAGAUGUGA